GUACUGCAGCUUUAGAUCAGUUUACCUCUCCUUUACCGAGAGACGACAAAACUUUUGACUUACAAUGAGAUAAAGCCAUGAAGGCAAAGCUAGGAUCAGUCCGGGAUGCUGCCCGAGUGUUUGCUGCACUUUGGUGUGUGUUCAGCGCGCACGCGCUUCAGCUGGUCCGCGCUCAGGAAGGUGAUGGGUGUGGACACACAAUCCUGAGGCCCAUGAGUGGCACCGUGGCCUCACGGAACUACCCCGGCACCUACCCCAACCACACGCAGUGUGCAUGGAGCCUGAAAGUGCCAACAGGAUACACACUCAACCUCACCUUUGGGGACUUUGACCUGGAGUGGAGUAAGGACUGCAAAGCUGGCUCGCUAACCAUCACUGACAAAAGCAAAGCCAUCAUCUUGGGACCUGUUUGUGGGAAACUGGCUGCCUUGGACAAGAACAUUUGGGUGAACAGUAGUGAAGUCACUGUGCACUUUGUGUCCAGCACUCACCGGUCUGGACGGGGCUUCCUGCUGUCCUACUCAACCAACCAACACCCAGACCUCAUAUCAUGUCUUCACAGAGGAAGCCACUUUACCUCCCAGCAGAUCAGUGUGUUUUGUCCUGCGGGUUGCAAGGAUGUGGCAGGUGAUAUCUGGGGUCAACAUGGGCAAGGCUACAGAGAUACUUCAGUGCUGUGCAAAGCUGCAGUCCAUGCAGGGGUUAUAUCAGAUAGCCUCGGAGGCAUAAUUAACGUGACCCAGCAGAGAGGCAUCACGCUGUAUGAAUCAAGUUUUGCUAAUGGAGUUCUGUCCAGAACAGGGUCACUGUCAGAUAAGAGGCUAGUCUUCAGCAAAGCAUGUGAGGGCCUGUUAGAGAUUACAAGCUACAAUGCGUCUUCCAUGUCAGAGUUUGUGGACAGUCCGGAGAGGAUUUCAGAAAAUGAGGACUCGAGAGACCAGUUUGUGAAGUGGCAUGCCAGCCCGAGCAAUCCAUACCCAUGGCUAGAGCUGAAGCUGUUUAAUCGGAGUAACAUCACAGGAAUUAUAACAGAGGGACUGUCGAAAUCAUUUAUUCAGACUUACACAAUCAAGUUUAGCAAAGACCGCAGUUCAUGGAAAACGUACAAGGAUGCAUCCACCAAAGUGAUAAAGGUGUUUGAAGCCUCUUUUGAUGGUCACACAAUGGCUCUCAACAGCCUCUUUCCCCCAAUAACAGCUCGUUACCUCCAGAUCUGUCCCCAGUCCUGGCACAACAGAGUCUCUGUACAGGUGCAAGUGCUUGGCUGCCCAUUAUCUGGCUUUCAACCACGAUCCAAAACUGGUAGAUCCAGUGUGGUGAAGCCAGUUCCCACAGAAACCCUGCUGCCGAAUGAGUUCUCCACCGAAAGUCCUGUGGUCAUAAGCUCAAGCCAUAGCAACAGCCAUCCAGUGAUAUUAGCGGUAGGUGUGGUUCUGGGUGUGGCUCUUUGUGUAUGGUGUCUGUUGGCAGGACUGUUGUGGAGAAGAAGAAAAAAAGGUGCGCACAAGAAGAAGUGCUGCCUUGACACAGGCUGUCAGGGUGUCCAUGGGAAAAAACUGCCGUAUACAGAAUCAGAGCUUGUGUCCUACCCUCUGGCUAGGAGCGUUCAUGACAGCCUGCCUACUCCUCCUCUCAAUGCCUAUGCUGAGCCUGAUGUUCUCGCCAGAGCACAGAAAGUGGGUGUUACAUUCCGACCACCUCUAGAUGAGGGCUACACAGUUCCCUUUUCCAUUAACCAUUAUGACACUCCGAAUCAGCUUCCUGAAUACGCAGAGCCCCUGCGGCUCGAACCAGAAUACGCCACUCCAUUCAACGAGCCAGUCAUAGAUCCCUCCAUCACUACACAGCUAAAGACUCUGCAGAAACUCGCUGACCUUCACACAGCUCCCACUGCCUUACAAUACGACUGCCCUGCUCACCGACGCCUUUCUAAUGGAUACUGCACUCCUUUUAGCAAUAGCUCAGUGAACUAUACGCACCCCCAAACUGUAGAUUUGGUAGUGCAGCAUACUUAUCAUGAGCCUCUAUGAGAGAUGAAUGCUCAGCAUUAAAUCUUAUCGGCAGAGCUCGUGUUUGCAGUUUUCACCUGUAAAAUUAAAGUUUCCAGUCUGCUGUGAGACAUAAAGAAUCCACUUUUAACUCUUGCGAAAUGCAGAUGUAGCCAGUUGGACCAUACACUAGUAUAUUUUGUAUUUAUUGAUACUGAUGUUAUUUAGAAAUGGACAAAAUUUAUUUAAUUUUUUUUGUACACAACUUGUAGGAUGGGGUGUACAAUGAUGAUCCAUGUUUAUGGAUUCACUUUUUAAUUCCUACAACAAGCACCUCUAUAAUAAAUAAUUGUUUAUUAAUGACUAUGAUCGGAUAAGAGACAUGGCUGCAGUCAGUGCCAUGCACUGUAACUACGGGUUUUCCUCUAUGGAUGUUUCGAGAUAUAUCCUUAAUUAAUUAAACCAGAAAACACAACAUUGUAUAUCCAAAGCACCUUUAAAAUAAUAAUUAAUUAAUUAUAACAAUGAGCUACAUGUAUGUAUUAUGGGUGUAAUACCACUGUAUCUGUUAAUGACUAAUGACUGUUUUAUAUGAAGUUAAGUAUUUGGAUUCUAUGAUGGCCCACUGACCUUUUUAUGUUUUUUUAUGAGUUUUUUUAUUGAAACUAAUAUUAAUAUACAUAAAGUGCAUACCAUGUACUGUAUGUAUGCUUAUGGUACACAAAUAUGCUUAAGUGACAAAACUGUUUUAUUACAGGAAAAAAAAUAAAUGAUACCUCUUUUAUAGAGAACAGAAUCAGUCUUAUCUAACACUAUUUGGGCAUUUUGGGAUUACUAGGCUUA